GUACAGAUAACGCAACGUACACCUGGAUGGCUCUUGCCAGCUUGCCGUGUCAUCCACACCUCGACGGUGACAGCUGCCAGAAGAAAACGAACUUGACGCAUGCCCGCCAGAUGUGCACAAGAAGAGGAUACAACGUGGUAGACCAUGAUUCCUUCACCAAUCAGACGCUUGGCGUGCGCGACUGCAUGGGAGCAUUGCUCAACGAGAUGGUGACGAGCGGUUACAGCAACCCUACUUCAAUAUGGACAUCGUUCGUGAAGGAUGGCCAACAUCUCAUAUACCAGCAGGGCAAGAACAGUUCGACUAAAGAAUUGUAUGACAGUGAUGGAACAAGCCAUCAUGAUGUCAUCUGCGAAGCCAAGUGGCUCCAUUACAACGACUCAGUAUACGCCGCAGCCACGCCAUCACUGAAACCCAACGUGACUGAGCAGUUUGCAGAGGAGGCAUGUCAGGAGUACGGACUUCACCUCAUAACCUAUGACUGGCUGCAAGCACAUGGCCAUGUAUUAAGAAACCGCUGGCUAGGUAGAUUGGCUCUUCGGCAUGCACCUUACCACGUCAAACCAAUCCGAGUGAAUGGCAACUCCCAUUACAUAACUGUGACGUUUAGAAAUCGCAGUAAUCCAUUUCAAAAUUCCACAAUCAAUCGCCACGCCAAAAUCCUCUGUGUCAAGCACUGUGCUAAUGGCGUUCUGGCCCAGGACCUGAGUUGCAAGUGCAACCGCACUGUCUUCUAUGGAGAAUACUGUGAAAAGGACGACUGCAAGUGCUUGAACCAGGGUCAGUGUGACAACGAGGGUAAAUGCAUCUGCCCGACAAGAUUCUACGGAGAACAUUGCCAACUCGAGUGCAGAACAUGUCUGAACCAGGGUCGCUGUAAUGAAGACGGCACCUGCACCUGCGCUGAAGGAUGGACUGGUGACCGGUGCCAGACUCGGAGCAACGAGUCCGCGAACACUACCCAGGCUGCUACACCCACGACCAGUUACUCAAUAACCAAACCAACAAGCGACCCAGCCACAACUACUCCAACCGAAGUCGUCUAAUAGAGUGACGGUGAUGAACAGUGCAGUGCAUGAAGUGUCAGUAAUUGUAACUAGUUACUCAUAAACUUGGGGGAAUACUGCCGACAGGACUGACCUGGUGCCCUUCCACUUACCCACCCAUCUUCCAUAGCAUCCACAAUUCGGUCCAGGAAACUCGACAGGCACAUGCAGUGUAACUCCAACAGAACGUUUCCAGGACGUGAAGAGCCCCUGCUAACCAAGUGUGUUUCCAGUCCUGAUAAUUUCCUCCCAUUGUAAAUUUCAAAUCUGCUAUUUCAGAUCAGUGGAAAUCUGAGGCAGACCGAUAUCCCAUAACCCGCUACGGCUGAGUAAUUAUGUCGUAUUUUAAUUAGUAAUUAUGCAUCUAUUAUUUGCAAGAUGAUGAGGGUUUAUCUCGACAUAGCAUACCUUAACUGGUUUAGUUUUGUUGUUGUGUAUUGUACUAGCACAUAUACAUAAGUCGUCUACAUUACUUAUUUAUAAACAGAUGUUCUCAGUUGUUACUUAGUCUUUUAAUGUGUUCCCCAAGUUCUUUGACUGAAAAUCUGGCAGUUUGGGCUCAAGUCAUUUGGCUCCAUUUUUUUUCUUUUUUCAUUUCUAA